GCUGCAGACGAUCUGUGCGAAGAGCUCCAGUCCUGCAGGGGUCAGAGUUCAGAUCUCAGCCCGGUUCUGAUGCGGGCAGUCACUAACGUCAUCUGCAGGCUGGUGUUCAGCUCCUCGUACCAGCGCAACGACCCCGAGCUCCUGACCGUCAUGGACUACAACGACGGCAUCGUCCAGACCAUCGCCAGAGGAGGACUCGUCGACAUCUUUCCUUGGCUGAGAAUUUUCCCCAACAAGGACCUAAAGAAGCUGAAGCAGUGCGUUUCAGUGAGAGACCAACUCCUGCACAGAAAACUGCUGGAGCACAAGAUGACCCUCAAGCCCGGAGAGCCUCGAGACCUGCUGGACGCUCUUCUGAUUGGUCAGAUGGAGGGGUCAGGUGGGGAGGAUGACAUCACGGAGGAUCAUGUGCUGAUGACGGCGGCUGAGGCGUUCGGAGCCGGUGUGGAGACAACCUCCACCACACUGCUGUGGACCAUAGCCUUCCUCCUGCACCACCCACAGGUGCAGGAGCGUGUUCACUCGGAGCUGGAUGAGUGUGUGGGUCAGGCUCGUGCUCCGUCUCUGAGCGAUCGCUCUCAUCUGCCGCUCCUGGACGCUGUUCUCUGUGAGGUGAUGCGGAUCCGUCCCGUCAGCCCCGUCCUCAUCCCACACGUUGCUAUGCAGGACACCAGUUUGGGGGGUCACUCUGUUCCUAAAGGAACCCGUGUGCUGGUGAACAUGUGGGCGAUUCACCACGACCCCAAACACUGGGACGAGCCUGAGCAAUUCAGACCCGAGCGGUUCCUGGACUCGUCGGGGAGGAGAGUGACUCCGAGCAGCUUCCUGCCAUUCGGAGCCGGUCCGCGGGUCUGUGUGGGAGAAUCUCUGGCCAGAAUCGAGCUCUUUCUGUUCGCCAGCCGCCUCCUGCAGUGCUUCCACUUCAGCGUCCCGCCGGGGGCUUCUCUGCCCGAGCUGCAGGGACGAUUCGGUGUGGUGCUCCAGCCUCAGAGCUACAGCGUCACAGUCACACCGCGACACUGACACACACACUUAUACAC